GUAUGCGCUUUUUGCUCGUGGCAAGGCAAAGCGACCGUCCACAGCCGUCAUCGGGGCUGGGACGCACCGGUCUUUAAUGUAUUUUAUUUAUUCUAUUCCUUGUUCCCUCUAUGCGAUCGUCGAUCGCUCUGCGUAGUGCAUCCCAGUUUUUAUAACAAAAUUAUGUUAUUGUGUUUUACAUAAGAUUUUAGUAAUGUUUCAAUAAGAAGGCAACUAAAAGUUUUGAUGUGAUUGUGAUUUUAUUGUUUUGUGCUUAGUGUUGUAAUAAUCAAUGAAAUAUUGAUUAAAAAUAUACGUAACAAAUAAUUUCAAUUCGCAUCUAUACAUACUAAUAGCAUUAUGAAUUAUUUUGCAGUACAUUUAUUUAUUUUUAACGUUAUUUUUUUUGUUACUGGAGGGGUGCCCGAUUUAAAGACUAAUGCACAAGAGGACACAUGUUUUGCUCGAGCAGCGACUUGUGAAGUAAAUCCGUCAAAUACCCGACGUUCAGUAUGUGGCACAGACGGGCGAACAUACUCCUCGAGGUGUCAUCUAUUGAAAGCACAAUGCUCCGGAGCUCCUGUUGCUUUUGCACAUAAAGGGCAAUGUAUGGAGGGUCAAUCUUCUUGCAUGAUCGCGUUGCGUUACGCGAUGAACGCGCGCACGGGGCGUCGCGCAACGUUCGUGCCGCGGUGCCGCGCGGAUGGCACGUACGCGCCAGUUCAGUGCGCAGCCGCAGGAGCCGCCGCUGGCUGCUGGUGCGUCACGCCCGAAGGCAAGACACUACCUGACACCGCAGUUAGGAACGGAAGACCAGAUUGCACCAGAACUGGUAAAUCACACACUAGACGCAGGUCGUCAGUUCGAGAUCAACGAAAUAAAAGAAGUUGCACCCGACUAGACCGCGCGCAGUUCAACGCGAAUCUGAUCAAGAUCUUUAGCGGAGAGUUCGACCGGGCGCGGCCAGGCACGUCCGCCCCGGAGCCCCGGCUGGUCGCCGACUGGAAGUUCCGGGAGCUGGAUCGCGACAAGAGCGGCUCUCUGCAGAAGUCCGAGUACAGGGGACUUCGCCGGCUUAUAAAAAAGGUGGUGAAGCCGAAGCGCUGCGCACGAGCAUGGGCCCCGGGCUGUGACGGGGACGGCAACGGCGAAAUCGCCAGGGUGGAGUGGACGGCAUGCUUGCUUGCCAACCCAGAGCCGCCCGCACCGGACUUCUCUCUUCGUUUCUUCAUGUCGUUGAAUGCAGACGACGACAGUGGACCAGAAGCCGAGCCGGACUACACAGAGGAGGAACCGCCACCGGAUCCCAGCGCAGUGUUGCCGGGAAUAAUGAGGAACUCGUUUGCUCCGGACGGUCCUGACGCCGACUCGAGACGGGAGGACGAGGCUAACGACUGUCUGACAGACAGACAAGCUGUCUUGGAUGAACAGAAAGCGGGCGGGUCCGUGCUGUACGUGCCAGAGUGUACUGGAGACGGGCGCUAUGCGCGCGCGCAGUGUUACCGCUCCACGGGCUACUGUUGGUGCGUGCACCAGGACACUGGUAAACCGAUACCCGGAUCCUCUGUGAAGGAUGCCAGGCCUGAUUGUGACGCCGCCCCACAACAUGCCAGUCCAAUGAGAGGGUGUCCCGAAAACGUGAAGAACAAAUUCCUAAGCGACCUGCGAAGUUUCUUCAUCGCAAAGAUGACGAGUGCUACUAACGGCACCGGGCCUGGUGAAAUGGUGAAAUGGGGUGCAUCGAACGAGGAGCAAGCGGCUACAUGGACGUACGUGAUGUUAGACAAGGACAAGAACAAAGCGCUCGAGAGGCGGGAGUGGAAAGGCUUUCACCAGCUGAUCUCCAACGUAGACCACCUGAGGAAGUGUGGGCGGAAGUUGCCGCGGUACUGCGACGUCAACCACGACACCAAAAUCAGUAUCACAGAGUGGAUGGCGUGCUUGGAAGUGGUGCAGGUUUCGCAGGGAAGACCCGCCGAAACAUCAAAGCCAUCUAAUCCCAGAAGGAAAGGGCCGAACCCAUUGGAAUCGAUCCUCAAGCCAGACGAUUAAGAACUACUCAUUACUUCGUGGACAAACAAUAGCGCUUCGAGUCUGUUGGUGGUAUGCGUAAAGUCAACAAGUAAUUUGACGCGGAUUUUAUGCUUCCCUAUAUGGAUGGCGUUAUACCAUGUUACAACAAUUUGUUAAAAUGUGACAAUUUUGUUCUUGCAGCUAAAGCCUGCACCAAUAUAAAUGUAUAUAAAUUAUGAGUUACGUUAUGAAAAGAACUGGAUUUCAUAAAUUAUAUAAUUAUUAUAAUUGUAUAUUUUUAUCAGAGUUAUGAGAGUUUAAGAAUCGAACAAUAUUACUGGAUUCCAUAAUAAAAACGAAACUGAAUGUCGUGUUUUGUGGGAUACACGUAAUAUUAGGGAUACCGUGGAUUCAACGAGUCGCCACGCAUUUCACUACAAUCCAACAAGCCAACAGCGUCCACACUUAAGUAGUAUGGAAAUGGCUUAGUUUGGCUGGGACAAUAAAAUGUCUGGGAAAAGUUAUUAAUAGUCAGAAAGAUAUGUAUGUACAUAAUACUACGAAAUAUGAAAAUAAAUAAAUUAUGAAAUAAAUAAACUGUCCGAGCUCAAUUCCGUUGACUUUACCAGUAUUAUUGUGUUUGUGAAAUAUAGAUAUAAUUUAAAUACAUCAUAGUCAUCAUAUAUAACAACACAACUAACUACAUGGUUAUAAAAUUUUGUGCCGUUAACUUAGGCACAUUUAUAAAUAAUGUGUAUUGGUUUUAAAAUAAUAUAUUAUCCGAUGUACUCAAAGAUAAGGGACUGGACCAGAUAUGACAAUUGUUAAAAACAUGUAAUAUGUAUCAUGAUAGAAUAUUUAAAUAAACUCAUAUUUCGUAUUUUGUACUCCUAUGUUGAUUUAUUUCAUUGCCAACAACGCAUGAUGCCUAUAAUAUAAUGUACGAUUAGGCAGCGUUUUGGCCAAUUCAAAUAUCGCACAAAAAUGAGCAUUGUUAUUUGUUAUUUCUUGAGAAAUACCUUGAUAUGAUAUCUCACUGAUCAUUCUAGAAUUGUGAGAUUCUUCAGAGGCAUCAAAUCUUAUUGUCCGGUCGCCUAUAUAUCGCAUCAAUAUUGUGACGUUAAUCUGAGCACUAACCGGCAUAUAAUUUAAUUGAAAAUUUAUAAAUUCUAUUUUAAUUGUAAUACUUCCAUAACAUUAGCUUUGAUAAUUUUAUCAACAUCCAAACAAAAGUAAAUAGCGUAAGAUAGGUUACAUUUUAUAGUUAAAAAUAUUAUAUUUACUCAACAUUUUCGUCGUCAUUUCGUCGUGGUCUCUGUAAAUUAACAGUAUUGUAUAUUAUAAGUAAAUAUUUUACAUUUUUCUCAGUGUACAGUUGAUCAGAUGUCAAAUUCUUUAUGCCACGGUAAGUGGGGAGAAGUGGGUAGAUGUGCUGUGGACAGUGCUACAGUAAUUUGUUAGUUUCGUCACCGAUCAUUGUCAUUUGUGUAGAAAAAGAGAACCAUUUUAUAGUGAAAGUGAUUAGUGGAAAUGCUAUGGAAAUUCCCCAGAAAAACUAGGCUUCCAGUUAAACCCUUUAAAUCAAAUGACUAGUAGUAAUAUAUUAAUAAUAGUAGUUUUCAUUUUUGUCAUUGGAAAAAUAUAUAUUCAGUGUUGAAACACUGAAUAUAUAUUUUUACACAUUAAAAUACUCGUCUCGAUCAUUUUUUAUAUACAUACACCCACCUGUAAAUUAGCGGAUAAAUUAGUUUUACAUCUCUCAUAUUCGGUUAGUAUUCCUUAUUACCCACAAAUGGAGACAUCAAUGUAAAAGAAAUCACUAAGAAAUGUUUUUACAGCAGACACAAUACCAUUUUUUUCGUUGUCAUCGCUAUUUAUUUUAAACAAAUGGGAAUAUCUGUACUAACAUUGAAUCAAUGAGGAAUUCAUAAAAUGUAAAAAAAUUGUUUUUUGGCCAUAAUUUCAAAGGUAACAAUUUGUAUGUUUUUUUUCGAAUAUUGCACGAAAAUCGUAUGUUCAGCCUAGGUUUGACUAAACUAGAUGCCGACCGAAGAUCCUGACCCUAAUGUAUUAGUCAUGUAUCAGUGUUUUAUUAUUAUUAUUUAGUGUUUAUAUCUUAAUACGAAAGCUAUUUAUAAUGUAGGUAGUCAGUGUCAAAAUAUAAGGACUAUGUGAUAUUUCUCAUUAUUAUUAUUGAUUAAUAAAUAAUUUAAUAUAAAA